UAUUUUAGAGAGAGAGAGAACAGAGACAGUGCGGUUCUAGAGAGAGAGAGGAAGGUGGGGUGUGAGCUAGUUUUUUAGAGAGAGAAAGUGCUUUUGAGGAGAAAGAAACUAGUAAGCAUGGGGAGAGCUCCUUGCUGUGACAAAGCCAACGUGAAAAGGGGGCCUUGGUCCCCUGAAGAAGACAACGCUCUCAGGAACUAUGUUCAGCGCUAUGGCACUGGUGGGAACUGGAUCGCUCUACCACAAAAAGCAGGGCUUAAACGGUGUGGCAAAAGUUGCAGGCUCAGAUGGCUCAAUUAUUUAAGGCCUGAUAUCAAACAUGGCGGCUUCACUGAAGAAGAAGACAACAUUAUCAUUUCUCUUUAUAAGACCAUUGGUAGCAGGUGGUCUGUAAUUGCAUCCCAAUUGCCUGGUAGAACUGACAAUGAUGUGAAGAAUUACUGGAACACAAAGCUCAAGAAGAAGCUCUUUGGAUCAAAACCCACCACCCCUCAAACCUCCAAAACCACCACCCUCAGUUCCCCAUCUUCAUGCUCCUCCUCUUCUUCUCACUCUAAAAUCCCUCUGAAAAAAGACACCACUUUCUCUCACUACACAGACUCUCUCUCUCUAGAAAAACCCACCUCCAUUUCACCCACUGAAAUCCCCAACUACGCCUACAAUGUAGACCCUCAGAGACUGGUCACUGAAACCAUGUCAUUUGCACCGUCACAUUUAACGGAGUACGAGGUUUCCACGGCAUCUUACUCACAGGAGAGCGACUACAUUUAUUGGGCACUUGACGGUGCAACUAACGGUGCAAUUGAAGAAAGCCUUUUAAUGGAUUAUGAUUUCAUUAAUGGGCUUCUGGCCCAUGAGAAGAAGCCAUUGGAGGUUGGAAGUGUUCCUCAUUCUUUUGGUUCUCAGCAGGGGUUUACGUAUCAGAGUUUGAAAUAUUCAUGAUAAAUGUGUAGUCCCCCACUUUUGUGUUUUUUUGUUUGUUGGUUUUCUCUCUCUUGUAAAUCCUGGGUUUUCUUUCACUACAAAAUGGACUCCAGCUUCUUGUCCAUGUCAUUCUUGGGAUUAUGAGGCAAUAAAUAAGAAUAUUAAGGUUAUAAUAUUA